GGUUUCGUUUGUUUAGAACGUUUGCAUUGGACUUGGAGGUGGAACCAGUUUGUAAUGAAGAGGAAUGAAGCAAUGUUGAUCAAGUAAAUCUUGUCUUUUCCAUGGAAAUUACUUAUAUUCACGAUAAUUGAAAAUGGACUUGGCACAACAAGAUUCAGAUGUCAUCCAGAAGGAGAUGGAUGAAAUUCCUACUAUUAUUGAAUCCGAAGAACUGGAAGUUAUUGAAGUAAUCGAAUAUUAUGCCACGGAUCCUGAAGAUCCUGAUAAUGAAAAUUCUUUAGAAUCCACAGAGAAAAAAUCUGAGGAAUCUAUCGAGACACAAAAAAAUACAAUACAAAACAUCUGUACCGAAAACUUAGAGAACAAAAAUGAAAACGUUCCUGUAAUUACAUACAAAAAUCGUAGCCCCGUGACUUAUCGGAAACGAUGCCGGGUUCCUCAUUGUCCGAAAAAAUGUUACUUGCAAAUAAGUAAAGAAAAGCAAAAACUUAUAUUUAAGAGUUACUGGUCCGAUGAAUCUAAUACUGGAAGAAAAAGGUUUUUAAAUCAGAUGAUAAGUAUGAAACCAGGACCAAAUUUUUUUGGUAAAUUUCCUCGCACAUCAAAGUACGAUAUUACAUUUUAUUUAGAUGCGGAUAACGGACGUACAGAGUUUUGUAGAAGUUGUUUCACUAAUAUCCUUAACGAAAGGGAUAGUGUUGUCACACUAAUUUUAGAGGACAAGUUUCGUGAACUUUUUAAAUGGAAAGAACAGCGUUAUCACCUACUUAAUAAAAACAAAAACGCAACAAUAAAGAAUGCGCUCUCCUCAGAAAAUGCUGAAACUUUUUCACCAAGAGCCAUAGGCUUGACAAUUUUCGGUAAUUUGAAACCACCGUCGUUCAAGCCUUAUAAAAGCCAUUGUGGCUUGAGGCUAACUGUAGAUGAUCAAUACCGAAUAUUUAAGUCAUAUUGGAAAAACUCAACAUUUGAAUCAAGAUUUACAUUCAUAAAUGAAGCUGCAGUAUUUACAAAAAUGCCUCCUGCUAAACAAUAUAGUUCCAAAUUCUUUUUGAAUACAGAGAAAGGUUAUCAAAAAGUUUGCACAACUUGUUUUCGUUUUAUUCUUGGAGAGUCAUGGAUUGCAAUAAAAAUAAUUUUAGAUGAUAAAUGGAGAGAAGCGAGUAAGUUUGAUGAACCAGUAGAGGAUCGUACAGAGGAGUGGAUUGCAUUUGUAAAUCGUGAAGGUAAACGUCAGAAAAUCAUUAAAAGUUUGCAAUUGCAAGGCAAAUUGGUGGAAACUGUUAAGCCCAAAAUUAGUAAUGAAUCUGAGAGAACCUGUGUUGUAAAGGAAGAAAUAGAUCUUGGAUAUAGUGACUCGGAAUCUCAGCUUGUAAAAAUCGAGAAAAAAUCUGAGGCUGGACUUCAAAAAAUUGUCGAAAAACAGACGAAAAGAAGGCAACCUCUAAGGAAUGCAAUGUCCAUGUCAUUAGGAGAGAAAGAAUUUACCAACGAGGAUUGCGAUACCGAAAAAAUAUCUGAAAUUGGACUAUCAAAAAUUGUGGUUCCAAGCCAAAAGCAAGAUAAAAAGAAUCCAGUUUUAUAUCAAAGAAUAAGAAAACCUACUAAAAAGCCUUUUGAAACCAAGAAAAUAUCUGAGAUUGAACUUGCAGAAAUUGUGGUUCCAAGCCAAAAGCAAGAUGAAAAAAAGACACCAGUUUCAGAUGAAAUAUUACAAAACGUAACAAGAAUGAGAGAAUAUACUAAAGAGUAUUGCAAAACCGGGAGCACGCAAGAAACUCUGCCAGAAUUUUCAAAUUACAAUCAUCUGUUGCUUCAAGAUGCAAUGGAAGAUAUCACGGCUAAUAAAUUAAAGAAAGGUUGGACCCGAUUGCCUCUUUGUAAAAAUAAAUGUGCCAAUCAUGUGACUGAACAAGAUCAAGCACGUAUUUUCGAAACUUACCGAACAAAUGCAACAACGUUUUCAAGAUACAAAUAUAUAAAUGAUUUGGUAGAUAUCAUACCAUUCAACCGAAUGCAGAAUACUACUAAACACUUUCGACCAAGAACAUUCUUGUCUUAUUACUAUCUCGAUACUGAGAAAGGUCGACACAAAGUUUGCAUAUCUUGUUUUUGUACUGCGAUUGACGAACAGCGUGCUUUCGUAACAAUAGCUUUGCGAGAAAAGAAAAGGUCUGCCUUAAAGGAAUACAAACAAUCGAAAUACGAGCAACUGGCAAUAAUGAAAAAAGAAAGCAAUUCAACAGACGAAUUUGCCAAUAUACUCGACAUUAAUUAUGAUUCCUCUUCAACAAUCGCCGAGGAAAAACUUGAAGACGAAACGAGGGACCAAAUGUCAGUUAAGGAUCUGAUUAAACAUAUGAUUGAAACCGACGCGUUACAAAAAUCUAGACUACUUACAUAUAUGAACAUUGAAAGAUUUGUCACUAAAGAGCAUUUAGAGGAAGUAGAAAAACACAUAAACAAAUUUCCCUGCUGCGAAAGUCACAACUUUAAUGAUCAACAUUCUGGAACAUGUCUACCAAUGGGCUUGACAAUGGAAAUUGCCUAUGAUCUUUACAUAUCGGAGGUACCCUACCCAGUUGAUUUCGAUACGUAUGAAGAAAUUCUGAAACAGCGUGACAUCAAAUUCAAACCCGAAUUGCUAGGCAAAUGUGAAAUAUGUCAUUAUACUGCAAAAUAUGCCAAAAAUCAUCCCACCGAGAGAAAUAUAAUUACCAGCCUUCGGAUGUCUCACCUUGAUGAAUUCAAAGAAGCUGAAAAAUCUAAAUUUCAGGAUUUGAAUAUAAAAGCACGUCCAUACUUGGUUUGCACAUUCGGUUUCCAGCAGAGUUUACCGACUCCAUUUUUAUCAAUUCCCAAAGCAUUUUACAAGCAACCACUGUGGACCUACAACUUUGUGGUUCAGCAACUUGUAAAGAACAAGGGAAGUUUGAAGGACUCUAAUUUCUACAUGUGGCAUGAAGCUGUCGGGAAAAAGACAGCCAAUGAAAUGGCAUCUUGUUUAUUCAAAUAUCUUGAAGAUUUGCCUUGCCAUAUUAAAACCGUCGUAUUUUAUUCCUCCUCCAACAAAGGAAAAAGUAGAAGCAAAGCACUCGCGAUGAUGUUCAUAAAUUUAAUUCAUAAUCACAAAACCCUCGAGUGUAUCGAUCACAAGUUUCUGGUUGAUGGGCACCCUGUAGUGGAGGAGAAUGCCGAAACUUGUUGGACCUCGAAAAUUGUGCAGAGAAAUCUCGGGAAAGUUCAGCAACCAAAGGAUUGGUACAAUGCUUUUACUGAACCGGUAAGUUCAAAUAUCCAUCCGAAAGUUGUGACUAUGACGCCAGAGAUGUUUUACGAGUUUGAGGGUAUGGGGAAUAAUAUUUUUAAAUCUUGUAUCAAUGAUAAAAUUAAAUGGCUACGAUUUACCAGAAAUGGGAUUUUUUACAAAACUACUUUGAGCCGCACUAAGACAUUUAGAGUUAUGAAUUUAAAAUGUUAUUCGCCAUUAAACGAAGGAAUUUGGAAUAGUUGCAAAAAAGACCUUUGUCAAGUUGGUAUUACUCCUAUAACGAGGAAGAGGAAAAACGACCUACUGGAUCUCGUAAAUUUGAUGUCUCCAGUUUUACCUGGAGUUAAGAAGUUUUACGCGUCGUUACUUACUCGAGAAGAAAUCGAUGAACGAUUGCCAACAAAAAGAAAGUUACAGAAAAUUGAUCAGAAAAAAAACGAAUCUCUUUUGAGGGGAACAUGCAUUGUUAAAGAAGAAGAAAUAGAUUUCGAAAAUGGUGACCUUCAAAGUCGAAUUGAGGAAGAGGAACCACCUAAGAAAAUGCUGAAGGAAGUAAAUGACAUUGAUUCUAUUAAUUUUGAACACAUUGAGAUCAAAGAGGAAUAUUAUUGAAGUCUAAGAAAGUGGUAAUAAUAUAAAUAUGUUAAACUGUUUAUUUCCAUAUGUUAUAAAUAUUAUCUAUAGAUGUAAAUAUAUUUAAAAAUAUUUUCUAAUAAAAUGAUUUGUGAUUUUUA